AUGGCGAUCGGCCAGGCACCCCCUUGCUGGCUGCUGUCCAUCGUAGCAGCCUGCCUGCUGCCCAUCGCGUGUGCCACGAUCGGCACUGGAUUCAAUCCGGGAGACGUAGUCGCGGCCUUCACCAUCGCCACCCUGGGCGGCCCGCUCACCGUUGGUCCCGGCAGCCGCCGCCUGCCGCUGGUCAUCGCCUGCCUAGACUGGCAGGACCCUUUCAGCGCUACCAUGUGGCGAGCGCACGAUUCCCUGGCCAGCGUGCUUAUGCGCUCGCCGCCAGGCGUGUCUUACCUCUUCCUGUCCUACUCAGGCACAGCGGAGGAGGCGGAGGCUGAUGCGCGCUGGAUGCGGCAGCAGCUGCUGGCGCGCGCGCGGGCGCUGGGCCUGCCAGGCGCCCAGCUGGCGCCGCUGCUGCAGCGCCUGCACUUUGGCACGCAGCCGGCAGCGCGCCUGGCGUCCUGGCUGCCGCAGCUGCUGGCGCGGUGGCAGUCGCCGCGGCGCGUCGUUCAGGCGGCCGCCCGCCCCGCAGCGGCAGCAGGCGCAGCGGCAGCGGCAGCUGCGGAGGUGCAGCUGCUGUCGUCUGGCAGGCUGGAUGCGGCAUACAGCUGGAUCCCCUGGCCGCUGUCUGGCGUCAGUGCUGAGGUGGCACUGACUGGCAGCGACUGCGCCUGGCCGGCGCCACCUAGCACGCCGCCGCCCCGCCUCGACGCCUCAGUCGCCCUCAUCCUCCUCACCUCCCUGCCCGGCGCUUCGGAGGCAGCGGGCGGCGGCCAGCGGUGCGGGUACGAACGGAUGCUGUCGGCGGCGCAGCGCGGCGGGGCGCGGGCGGUCAUGUUUGCGGCGCCGCGGGGCGCGCACCUGGCAGAGGUGAAUUGCACUGGCGAGGGCGAGUGCGGUACCGCGAUCGCCAUCCCGGCCACCCUGGUACCAUACAUGGUGGGAGAGGUGGUACGGAAUGAAUUGGAAGCGGGCGGCGCCGUCACCGCCACCUUCCGCGACGUGCAGGGGCCCGGGCUGUUUGCCGGCAUCGAUGCCUCCGGGCGGCUAUUUGAGGUCGGCUGGCUAAAGUUCCCCUCCCUGAUGACGGCGGUGUGGGCCGCGCAGUGGCAGCACUACCUGUACCGCCUGCAUGCCCGGCUGGCAGUGCCUGUAUGUGCCUUGCCUGCCGCAAAACCCGCCCUGGUUGUGCCCAUCUUCUCGGGGCAGGCCCCGAUGGAGGGGGAGCACGGCGUGCGCGCUGACGUGGCGCUCCCCACCUGGCGCCAGCUGGCGGGGCGACACAGGCUGGAGCUCGACCUGGCGCUGGGCUGCACCGGGGCCAACGACUCGAGCUGCCCCCAGUGGGACCACGUGGUCCAGCUGUUUGUGUGCUGCCAAGACCCAGAGGGCCAGCUGCCGCCCUGCGACCCCUGCCAGCCAACCGUCUGGCGUCUCGACGGCCGCCAGCCGGGGCCUGCGCCCCAGGGCUUGCCCCCGAGAAGCCGCAGCAGCGCAGGCAGCAGCAACCGCCCAGCAGCGGCGGCGACAGGCUCGGCAGCAGGCGGCGGCGGCGGCUCCGGUACUGCCCGCUCGCUGCUCGUCGCGGAGGCUGCAAAGGAGGGGCGGGAGGGGCGGGAGGGGCGGCUGCGGCAGCUGGAUGAGCCACUGCUGUGCGGCCGGGAGCUGGGGCGAUGGGUCACCCCAUUCAGGUGGCCGCAGCGCCUGCGCCUGCUGCCGCUGCCGCCGUUUGACGGCGGCGCCUUUGACGCCGGCUAUAACUCGCGCCGCCUGCCCUUCAACUUCACCACACCCCCGGGCCUGCGCCGCGCCCUGAUCGUCAGCUUCAUCACAGGGCACGGCAGCGACGAAAACGGGUGCGCCGAGUUCUGCCCAACCAGCCACGAGUUUGCCGUCAACGGCCGGCCGCACAGCGUCGUUUUUUGGGAGGCGGGGAGCCUCUGGGGCUGCGCAGACAAGGUUCUGGAGGGCGUGGUACCCAACGAGCACGGCACCUGGAUGUACAGCAGGUGGGCCGCCGCCUGCUGGGGCAGCUGCCCGCGUGCCCGCCCGCCUCCCCGUGCCACGCGUCGCCGGCGCCCCAGUAGGCUACUGCAUGAUGGUGACACCCGUUCUGGCAGCCAGCUGGCAGUUGGCGGAGGCGGUGCCUGUGCCGGGGGCGGCUGCGCGGCUGGGGCCUACCUGCAUGCCGUCCGCUGCGCUCCUGCAGGAAGGAAGUGGGGCGACUCCUGUGGCUGCAGUCCUGCGGCUGGUGGGCUGCCGGCUCCUGGAGGCGCCUGCCUCCCAGAUCCGGAUACAUCCUCCCUCCACGGCCGCUUUCUUCCACCCGCACGCGUGCAGGAACGGGUGGUGCGACGGCCAGGACGUGCGGCCCUGGGUGGCCGACGUGACGGCGGCGGUACGCCCGGCGGGACAGGCCAACAGCGUGGCGUACCGCGGGUUGUACCGCGGCGGUGCGCCCCACCCGCGGCAGGGCGCGGGCUUCAUCAUGAUGCAGAGCAGCCUGGUGCUGGUGGCAGAUGCGGCUGGUCGGGACCUGUAACCCUAGCGAAGGUA